AUGGGGAAUUGCCAAUGUCAAUCUGCUGAAAUCCAAAAGACCGAAGAAAUGCAGCCUCUCGAAUUCAAAUAGGAGAACUAUAAUAGUUUCGAGGAUCAACAAUUACAGUUUUGCCAGGCUCAACAAAUAUUAUAAUAAGAGACCAUUAAGUCCAAUAAUGAAACAUCUGAUGACACUCAUAGACCUAAUCCGUAAUUAGUGUGGCAAACACAGACGUAGUUCACCACUUAUAAUCUCAUAGUUCAGAAAAUUAUGGAUGAAUUGGGCCCAUUCGAAUUAAAUGACCAGGAAGGCUAUUUCUAUGGAGUCUAUGAGUAAAAAGAUGGUUCGCUCUAUAGAGGUUGUUGGCAUCAAGGCCAAAAAUUUGGAUAUGGAAGCUUAAUCUAUCAAGAUGGCUCCGUCUUUUAAGGGCAAUGGAGAAAGGAUAAGGCGAAUGGCAAAGGAAGAAUGAUCUACACUGACGGAGACUGGUACGAAGGGGAUUGGACUGAUGAUUUAAAGCAUGGCAAUGGAAAAUAUGUACAUUGCGAUGGAACCAUCUAUGAAGGAGAAUGGGAAAAUGAUUGCUAGAAUGGGUAAGGAUAAGAAUAAUUCAUCGACGGAUCCACCUAUAAGGGGUAGUUUAAAAAUGGCAAGAAGAACGGAUUUGGCCAUUAUGUUUGGGUUGAUGGAUAAAGUUAUGAAGGACAGUUUGAAUCCAAUUACUUCUGUGGUUUUGGAAAAUAUGUGUGGACUGAUGGCAGAUAAUAUGAGGGUUAAUGGUUAAAUGGAAGUAUGAAUGGGAAUGGCAUCAUGAAAUGGCCAGAUGGAAGAAAGUAUGAAGGAUAAUAUUGUAAUGACAAAAAGCAUGGAUAAGGAGUCAUAGAAUGGCCUGAUGGUAGGAAAUAUUCAGGAUAAUGGGAAUUGGGAAAACAACAUGGAAUUGGAGAAUAUUUUAAUGGGUAAAUCAAAAAAAAAGGUUAAUGGAACUAUGGCAAGCGACUCAAAUGGUUAGAUUGA